GCUUUUUAUCCUACUGAAGAAGACAUGCGGAACAGUGCGUUGUUAUUUGUUGUUGUUGAGUAACCUAAGCGCGGGAAUGAACUUCUGAACUUCAGAAAUGAUUAAAACAGAAAAAAUCCUGCAUCUAAAGAGCUCCCGGGGAAGAAAGGUCCGUGUGGUCCGAGAGCACUAUCUGAGGGAGCAGGUCCCGUGUGGAAGCGCGCUGUGUCAGGCGCAGUGUCCGCGAGAUGGCAAGCUGUUGUCCAUAGACGCAACUCAUUAUGUGGUGCCGGAUGCUGGAGUGGUGAGGGACUUCCUGGAGGUUCUGGAGUUCAGGGAGUUUCGCGGGGUCGUGUUUACACAGACAGCAUGUCAGGCUUUACAAAACACACGUGGACGAAGGCACUGUAACAGGCUGCGUGGUCUCCUGAAGGACCCUCGGUAUGACUGUGUCCUGUUUGCCAAUGAGUUUCAGCAGUUUUCCUACUGUGCCCGGGAAAAAGGAGAAGCACAAGAGAAAUGGCAGACACGGUGUGUGUAUCAUGCAGCGGUGUGGUAUUAUAACCACUUGGCUAGUCUGAUGUCAGUAGUUAUGAUCACAGAAGACCAGGACGCCAUUAAAGAAUUUGGGAGUCAGAACAGUGGCGUUUAUGUCAUCUCAGCUCGGGAAUAUCUGCAGAGUUUCUGGCCAGACCUGCAUGCAGCUCAAGAGCUCUACGCCUCCAUUGCUCAGACUCUACAAGAGAGAGAGAGUGAAGGAGCAGAGAAGGAGUACUCUGAGCAUUUGCCUGCAGAAGUUCUGGAGGCAGGGAUCAAAUCUGGCAGAUACAUUCAGGGCACAUUGAAUGUGAAUAAGCACCGUGCACAGCAUGAGGCCUUUGUGCGUUUUGAGGGUUCUGGAAGCAAGAAUGCAGAGCUUAACAGUGAUGUUCUGAUCAAUGGAAUGAAGCAUCGUAAUCGGGCGAUCCACGGUGAUUUGGUUGCUGUGGAGUUGUUGCCACGUGGUGAGUGGAAGGGCCGGAGUACGGCAUUAACAGAGGGACGAGGAGAGGAAAAAGGAGAGGACAUUCAGAGUCAGCCUAUGCCGACGGGUAGAGUGGUAGGUAUCAUACAGAGAAACUGGAGGGACUAUGUGGUAACAUUUCCUCCUCGAGAGGAGCUCCAGUCUCAGUCCCGCAACUCUCAGAAGAUUCUGGCUAUUCCAUGGGACUGUCGGAUCCCAAAGGUCCGGAUCAGCACCCAGCAGGCUGAUGCACUGCAGGACCAUAGGGUGAUUGUGCGAGUGGACUCAUGGGAGAGCACUUCACUCUACCCCAAUGGUCACAGUGUGAGAGUUCUGGGCAAGGCUGGUGAGGUGGAGACUGAAAUUCAGACCAUUCUGGUGGAGAACUGUAUCCAUGUGCCUCCGUUCUCUGAAGCCCAGUUGCGAGAGAUGCCUGUGAACUCUAAGGAGCAGCCGUGGCAGAUGGACCAGGCUGAGAUAAACUCUCGGAGGGACCUACGUGACACACACCUGGUGUUUAGUAUUGACCCACUGGGCUGCGAGGAUGUAGAUGACACACUGUCAGUGCGCACCCUGCCAGGAGGAAAGCGCCUGGAACUGGGAGUCCACAUCGCAGACGUCACACACUUUGUAAGAGAGGGUUCUCUCACUGAUCUGGAGGCUCGUUCCAGAGCCACAACAUAUUACCUGGCUGACCGAAGGUAUGACAUGCUGCCGGCGGUGUUGAGUGCUGACCUUUGCUCACUGCUGGGGGGAGUGGACAGAUAUGCCAUGAGUGUUAUAUGGGAGCUGGAUGCUGAGUCUCUGGCAGUGUGUAGCGUGUGGUACGGCCGCACACUCAUCAGAUCCUCUUACCAGCUGCACUAUGAGCUGGCCCAGAGCCUGUUAAAUGGGGAAGAUGUGGAGGUGCCUGAGGUGACUCGGCUGGAGAGCUCUGUACGGGUCCAGAAACUGUCUGAGCUCCUGCAGGCCCUGGAGCAGCUGACACGUGUGGCCAGGCAUCUGCGGUCACAGAGGGAUAAAGGUGGCGCUUUGGAGCUGGAGGGUGUUGAAGUCAGGGCACAGCUGGACGAGGACAAAAACAUUACCGCUCUAGUGCCCAAGCAACCUCUGGAGGUGCAUGAGACUGUGGCAGAGUGCAUGAUCUACGCCAAUCACUGGGUGGCACGAAAGAUCCAGGAAUGUUUCCCACACCAGGCACUGCUCAGGCGUCAUCCGCCACCAAGACAGGAGUUCUUCAACCAGUUGAUUGACAGUGCUAAGAGUCGUGGCUUUGCCAUUGAAACGAGGUCGAACAAAUCUCUGGCUGAUUCUCUGGACCAGGCAGUGGAUCCAAAGGACCCUCUGGUAAAUAGGCUGCUGAGGAUGAUGGCCACCCAGGCCAUGUCUAACGCCGAGUACUUCUCUACAGGAGCAUGCCCUGAGGAUCAGUACUACCACUAUGGUCUCGCUCUGGAUCGGUACACCCAUUUCACCUCUCCAAUCAGGCGCUAUGCUGACAUCAUAGUGCACCGCCUUCUCAUGGCUGCUGUCCAGUCGGAGACAGAGGAGUGCUUUCACAAGAGCUUAACUAGCAACAAGGACUUGGAGGAAAUGGCUCAUCAAAUCAACAAUAAAAACAGAGCAGCUCAGCAUGCUCAGAAGCAGUCCACAGAGCUUUUCCAAUGCCUCUACUUCCGAGAUAAGGAUCCGCUCACUGAUGAGCGCUGUGUGGCUGACGCCAUUGUCUACUCCAUCAGGGCCAAUGGCAUACUGGUCUUUGUACCACGGUAUGGUUUGAAGGGUGCGGUGUACCUGAAGAAUCGGGAGAGUCAGGUGGUGAGUGUUGGGGAUGAUGGCGGGUGUGUGUGGCAGGUGGGGACACUGCAGAGGUAUCCAGACAGGAUCAGCUCCUGCACCAGCACAGGGACAAACACCUUUUAUCUAUUCGACCAUGUCACAGUGCGUAUCUCUGUGGAAACUGCCCGUUGCCAUUCUGACAACUUGCAUCUGGAACUCAUCAGUAACAAGCCACAUCGGUCUGCUGUGGCCGAGUCCCGGACGAGCAGUCGGGUCCAGUCUGAGCUGAUUGAGGAGGUGGUGCGCAGGGAAGAGGCGUCUCUUCAGGCAGAGGAAGAGAAGACGAGGAGACCAAGACUGAGCAAAGAGGAAAAGGAGUUCAGACAGAGCAAAUGGCCAAAUCUCUACUCCGUCCUGCAAGAAAUCAGUGAGCUUGCCCUGUUUGAUACAGCUCUCUGUCAAAUACAAAACACUGAAGUACCAACAUGCUGAACCUCACCUUAGGUUUACUGAGAAAGUUCACCCUGAAAUCCAACAAUUGGAUUUUAUUGCAUAGAUAUCAUGAAACAUUAUUUUUAAUUAUUCAGGUUUGGUUUAUACGGUAGCACUGGAGCAUUUUGGCCAAGGUUUUAUUCAGAUCUUGUUCAUGAGAUAAUCAAUGGCCCUUAAUUAGUUAAAUCCAUUUUUAGUGAUUUUAAUGUUGCACUGAUUAACAGAUUAACAUUAUGGUUUGCUGUGGUGUUUUGUUCAGUAUAUAUUUUGUACACAAAUGUAUAAAUUGUUAUUUUCCAGGUUUCAAUUUGAGUGUUUUAUUAAAAAAUAUUUUCCUAAGCUUUAUAGAGUGACCUUUUGCGUUUCUUUGGGCCAGAUAUAAUCUUCUGACCCAAAAUGUUUUAUUUCAAGAUUUUUGAACAGCAAAGUGCCUGAAAGGUUAGAAGUCUACCUACAGCUUACUAGGUGCUAUAAAUAUGCAACUCCAAGUUAGAUUUUAUAACCAAGUUAGAAACUACUUGCUGGUUGACAUGGUUAUAAAAUGUGUAGCGUUGCAGUGUUUCAGCUCCAGUGCUCCUGAUCCAAUCCUGAACCCUGGAUUCUUCCCAUGACUGUGUGUGGCUUCCUUUCGGUUCUCUGGCUUCCUUCCACCAUCCAUUAAGAUCUAUUAAUUGAUGCCAUGGUGUGUGCAUGGUGCCCUGUGAUUGACUAGUGUCCUAUCCAGGGUGUAUUCCAACCUCACUCCUACUGUUCCUGGGACAGAUUAGAAAUCAGCGGUGCCCAGUCUUAUUCAGAGAGGGCCUGUGUGGAUGCAGGUUUUCAUCCAACCAUGCACGCAAGUCACACGUGAGCCUUUGGAAAACCAAGAAGAAAUGCUUAAACAGGUAUUAGGUGUGGAGCCUGCAUGAGUGGAAUGAAAACCAGCAACCACUCUGCAGAUAAGGUUGUGAUCCUGACCAGAGUAAAAUGGUUAAUUUAAAGGAGUACCAUGGCAAAAACCAAGUACUUACAUUUGUACCCGACUUUGAUGGAGACAUUAACACGCAGUCGUUAAACAAGAUAGGAACACUUUAUUUAGAAUAUCGCAAUAGAAUAUGAAAGAGAAUUUAUACGAAAAAAAGAACACCCAAGACAUAAAACUGCACAAGAAUAUUCAAACUCAAAUUAUUAAUCAGCUUCCUAAA